CACUUAGAUGUCAAAUGGGUUGGAUGACUGCUUCACCUCUGCAAAGCUCUAGUCUUUGCCAUUGAGGGCUUAUUUUCUGGGUUUCAAGACUCUUUUUAGCAUUCCUACUUUAAUGUAUAAACCAAAUUGAUAUGGCAUCUUUUUGUUUUCGAAAUUGCACGCUUUUUGGUCCUUUUACUUUGUAAUCAAUAAUUUUCGCAGUAACUUACUGAUCAAGCAAAAGUGGUUGAGUAACUCUUUGAGUCACUGCUACGUUCAACAAAAAUGGAUCAAAAAGAAAAGGAAGGACAUCAAAAACCUGUCGAACCAGCAAAAGUUGCUUGUUUGAGCUCUUCUACAAGUUCUGAGAACUGCUUACCUAAAUACAGCGAAAUCCCAUAUUCUCAUGUUGACAAUAUGGAGAAGGGUAGUUUACGUUUACAGUCCGAUCCAGAUCCAGUUCCACCAUACUCAAGAAGACAUCAAGAAGCUUCUAUUCACAUGGCGCAAGGAAACGGUUUCUUUAUUCUUUUACGAGAUGUCUUGUCGGCAUUGUUGUGGUUAAUUUUCUGGCCGGCAAAAAUUGUGAGAAUCCCGGAAGCACAACGAAGACAGGAAAAUGAAACUGCUCGGCUUAGUUUCUGCUUUAUUAUUUCGGUAAUGGUAGACUUUUGGUUUUCUUACAAAUACCUUGUCCCCUUUAUAAAGGAAUCAAUGAAAGAAUCUGUAAGGUUAUGGUUUCAGAUUACUGUAGCAGCUGUUCUUGUCAUCGUGGCUUUCUACAUGUUUCUAUAUGUUUGUUCAUUGUUGGUGGAUUUUAUCGUUAUACUUAUUCCUCUAGUUGCUUCUGGGGGUUCUUCACUGUUUUCUGGAAUCAAUAGUGCUGUUACGAGUGCUCUAGGUUUCAGGAUGCCGUCAGAAAGAAACGACUUGACGGCUGAUAAUUGUAUCCCAUUAAACAGCAUGUCAUCAGAGCCUGAAUAUCAAUUUAAUGAUUGUAGUGAUAAUACUUUGGAGCAACCGUCCUCUGAACAUUCUGAACAAUCUCCAGGGUUACGGCGGGAACCUGGUCAGUCUAGGGAUGUGGAAAACAGUGAGAGUUGAUUGAUACGUAAAGUUAAUUUUUAUAUUGCCCAAUCUUUUCGAUUGUUCUCCUGCAUGCUUUUGCGUAUGUUUGUGUUUGUGUUUGUGUUUGUGUUUAUGUUUAUUUCGUCCCUGCAUAUUUAUUUUAAGAAUGCAUUUUGCAUGACGAAUUCUCCUGAAUGGCGUCCGUUUUCUUGAUUUACUUGAUCUCUUCAACCUUGGAUAAGUAAGGAUGCUUAUUACUGGAUGAUAUUGUCAUUGUAUCUGCAUAGCUAGGUUCAAUUGCUUAUUUUUAUUUAUUCGUUUGAAACUCUAUUUUCUGAUCUUUGUUAUUCGUUUCAUAAGUCUAGGAAGAUCUUUAGUUCUUGAAUUUAAGAGUAGUCAUUGCAUUUCCAACUUCCACCGCUAUUAAUACCUUAAUUAAAGGACCAUGCCGAUGCAAAUGCCAGCCAUAUGCUUUAACAAAGAGCAACGAACAAACGAAACAAACAAAAAAAAAAAGAAAAAGAAUUAAAAACGAAGCGAUAAAAAGCCUACAGCAUCCCGGAUUCCCAUGUUGUCUCCAACCAUAGUACUAACGAGACCCUCAGACGCUUAACUGCAGUGAUCGGACGGGAACUGGUGUUUUCGCCUAGGUGUGGCCGUAGAUGCUUAUUCCUCUACGAUAAAAUUCUUAUAAUGCAUUCUCCCUCCUAAACGAAUACAACCUAUAGAGUGUCAAGGCAAAAAGGUUGGUCAAUGAGACCUUUUUUCACAGACACCGACAACAGCAGGCUUUAUAAUCGCUAGUUGAUUACUUAUCAAGAACUUUCAUCCUUCUAACCACAACACCAUCUUCAUAGUCAGCUAUGGUCAAGAAUGAUUUCGCAACUUCUUAUUGAACCAUUCUUUCCCACCGCCGCUUUGUUUAUUUACAUCAUACAAUCGGAAUACAAUAUAUCGUAGUAUUUAUUCCAUAUCGUAUUGAGAUCGACUAGAACAGAGUGGAACAUAGAGACGCGUGCGACUCAGCCCAGUAGCGGGAUGCUGUACUGUCUGUUCCUUCCUCCUUUGGUGCAUUUGAAUUUUUCAAAGAACCUUGUUUUGUUUUUUCGGAUAGAUAAGCUAUCGUAAAGCGUCCUUUACGAGAUUGGAAGGUAUGCUAUCGCGUGAACAACAAAUCACUCGCUUGUUACUUUGCGACUUUUCUCCAUCAAGGUUCGUGUGGAGAUUCUAUACGUCAUGCAGGUCUCCAAGCAUGCGGAGAAACCAGCCUCUUACGUUCGAUUGGUUCAUCUAAGGUUGGGCAACCUAAUCCCAACCCUAUACCCUUUCAUGUGGCGUCGAGCAAUCCCAUGAUUAGAGAAAAAAUGGACGUCCUCAACCUUAUUUUGAAUUCAUUGGCAUACAACGCUUGCAGGAUUCACAAAUAAAAUAACAUGAAAAGAAAAGAAAAAAAUAAACAAAAAACUCUGCUUCUUUUCUCGAAUUUUUUCAGAAAUAAAAAGAAAAAAACCACUUGUUUUUCUUUAUGUCUCGAUCCACUAUUCCGGAACUUCUGUAAGCUUCCCGGCGGAACAUUCGCUGUUGACUUCCUAAUUCUUUUCUUCCAUAGUCUAGAUUGCAAUCGGUGGACCCCGGCCUUCGUUUACGGUAACAAUUCGCUCAAAAAGGUUUUCUGAUCAACCAAUCACAACCAAUACACCAGUUGUUUUGUUUCCCCACAUCCAAGUAAUGUCAUCGAGUGGUUUCUAGGGAAUCUCCGCAUUGUCCCCGCGCUCCGCCCCUUGGAUGUUUUUCUUGUAUAUUUUUUUACUAUAUAUAUAUCAAGGUCCCAGGCUAUGGAUUCAUCAGCAAACAAGAAAUUUAGAUUUCUAACU